GGAGAAGUUCUUCACGGCAAUGAAGAAGGACGGCUCCUACCGAACCCGGGACCAACUCACUUCCAAAUGGUGCCACAUCAACAAAAAAGUCCGAAAGUUUAUGGGAGUUUACGAGGAAUGCUCCCGGUCCCGGAGGAGCGGCACGAACGACGCCGAUGUUCUCCGGCUUGCCACGACCCGGUAUCAAGACGACGGGAACCAAGGCAAGGUGCCCAUCGAUCUUUGGAAGAUUUUGAGUCGUUCCCCGAAGUGGCAACAACUCAACAAUCCCGACGGCGGAUCAUUGCGGAAAAGAUCCACCGUCGCCGCCGAGGUUGAGGUCGACGAGACUAUCGGUUCUACCGAUCAAAUCCCUCCCUUCAACGUUGCGGAUUCUGAUGACGAGGACCCCAUUCCACGGCCGAUCGAAAGAAAGAAGGCAAAAUCCAUUGCCUCUGCUUCGGGAGGGUCCGCCUCUGUUUCCGCUUCUCCCCGCGACGAAAUCGGCCGGGCAAUGAUUGAACAACUUUGGACGUUCAAUCUCCAAGAACAAGAGAGGUUGAAGCUUAAAGAGAAGGAGUUGAAGCUAAAGGAGCAGGAGGCCGAGAUGAAAGUCGACGAGACUAUCGGUUCUACCGAUCAAAUCCCUCCCUUCAACGUUGCGGAUUCCGAUGACGAGGACCCCAUUCCACGGCCGAUCGGAAGAAAGAAGGCAAAAUCCAUUGCCUCUGGUUCGGGAGGGUCCGCCUCUGUUUCCGCUUCUCCCCGCGACGAAAUCGGCCGGGCAAUGAUUGAACAACUUCGGGCGUUCAAUCUCCAAGAACAAGAGAGGUUGAAGCUUAAAGAGAAGGAGUUGAAGCUAAAGGAGCAGGAGGCCGAGAUGAAAGUCAUGCAAACCGACCCCGGGACGUUGUCGGAGUUUGGACGAAUUAUCUACGAGCAAAGAAUGAGAGAGAUCAAGGAGAAAUAUAAUUUACCUUAGUUUUUUUAUUAAUGUAUCUUUUUUUAAAAAAUUAUUGUCACUUUUUUUAUUUAAUUAAUGUGUUUUUUUAUUAUUCAUGUUUCAAUUUAAUUAAAUAAUAAAUUAAGUACAUUUUAUUAAUUUAUUUUUAGAAGAUAUAUAUUUAAAAAUGUAAAAAAUGAAGGUUUGAAGCCCCAGUUUGAAGCCCCGGGGCUUUAAACUCAUUUCCACUAAAUUUUGGGUGUAAGU